GAGCACCAUGUUCAGAAAGAUCCACUCCAUCUUUAGCUCCAGCCCGCAGAAGAAGGCGGCGGCCGAAAGCCCCUACUACACCGGAGCCGGCUCAGGGGUAAGGCUGAUUCGUAGCAGCUCCAUGUAUGUGGUCGGGGACCAUGGCGAGAAAUUCAGCGAGUCAUUAAAGAAAUACAAGAGCACGAGCAGCAUGGACACCAGCCUGUACUACCUGCCUCAGGAAGAGGACCGCGCUUGGAUGUACUCGCGCACCCAGGACUGCCUGCAGUAUCUCCAGGAGCUGCUAGCCCUGCGCAGAAAAUACCUCAGCAGCCUGGGCGACCUCAAGCCACACCGUGCCUCUCAGGGCAUCUCUUCAACCUCCUCCAAAUCCUCCAAGGGAGGGAAAAAGCCCUGUGGCCAGUCCAUCCCCAAAGAAAUAAAGAAAGCAACCCUAAAGAAAUACUCACAGUUCAGUGCUGAUGUGGCUGAGGCCAUUGCCUUCUUUGACUCCAUCAUUUCUGAGCUGGAUACAGAGAGACGGCCAAGGGCUGCCGAAGUUGACCCACCCAAUGAAGAUGUGGACUUUGAUGUGGCCACCAGCUCCCGGGAGCACAGCCUGCAUUCCAACUGGAUCCUGCGGGCACCUCGCAGACACUCUGAGAACAUUGCAGUGCAUGCUGCGCACACCUCAGACAGCCAGUUUUGGAGGAGCACAGAGCGCAGGACCAUCUGCUCACAGAGGAGGCUUGAGAGGCACCCCAUUUACUUGCCCAAGGCUGUGGAAGGGGCAUUCAACACCCUGAAAUUUAAGCCCAAAGCCCACAAAAAAGACCUGGGGAGUUCCAGGCAGAUCCUCUUCAACUUCUCAGGAGAAGACAUGGAGUGGGAUGCAGAGCUCUUUGCACUGGAGUCCCUGGCAUCUCCGGAAGAAGACUACUAUGAGACGGAGAACCCCAAAGGGCAGUGGCUGCUUCAAGAGAGACUCUGGGAGAGGACAGUACCCUGACUCCACUCCUUAACUUGUCUCAGGCUCCUCCCUGAGAAGGUGUCUGGUGUCAGUGCAGCAUGUGGCAUUUGGUAGAGUUAAAAAUGGAAAUUGUAACACAGUCAAACUCCUUUGCACACUUCCUGCUGGUGCCCAGCUAGUGCCAAACAGACUCGUGGCUUCCCAAAAGACAUACCUCAGGACACCUGGAGCCUGGGCAUUCCUGCAUGGUGGGCGGGUAAGCAGGGAGGCAGAGGCCCUGUGUGUGCCCGUGUUAGGCUCAGUGGGAGAAAGGAACCAAGCCAAUGAGCUUUGGGCCAAAGUUUUCAAGGAGG